GAUAGUAAGUUUUGCCUCAAUCUGAGAGCAUGCGGGAGGGAGAAAUGAAUUGAAAAGACAAGUGUGUGUGUUUCUAUAUCUGAGUGCGUGUGAGUGCGAGUGAAUGACUGUGUCUUCAAUGAAAGCUUCAUGGGCUCCAAAGCCAGCAAAGCCCAUUCCAGGGCUCCUACUCAUGUUCGCAAGAAGAAACCCAAGCGUGAAGAGACUUUAAAGCAGAAGAAGGACUUGUCACUGCAACUGGCAAAACUCAAAGAUGAGUUUGUGGAAUCGUCUCAGUGCUGCGACCGCUUGCACAAGGAGAAGGAAGAGGCACGCAUCAGUUUGGAGGAGGCAUUGAAAAGGCUUGAUGAACAACACAAGGUGGAACUAUUUCAAUUGGAGGACAGAUUAAGGAGUUUUUACCAAACGGAGUGGGACAAAGUCCAUCAAACUUACCAGGCGGAGGCUGACAAAUGUCACAUGUUAAUGGAGAGAAAGGUGGAGGAGAUGAGGACCAGACAGGAAGCUGAGAGGAAGAAACAGGAAGCAAGUCACAACCAAAUCAUGGACUCUCUCAGAGGGCAGCAUGAGACCUCUCUACAAGAGCUAAAAAGAAUUCAGGAAAUUGAUCUGGAGAAUCUGGACAAAACACUAAAGGAAACAGAAACUACUCUUUCUGCCAAAAUAACUCAGCUGUCAACCGAGAACACCAUCCUGAAUGAAAAGUUGAAAGCAGAGGAAGAGAAAUGGACACUUGCAGACAAGAGUCUGAAGGAUUUCCACACUGUAUACCUGCAGCAGGAGCUACAAAGUUUAAAGGUGGUUCUAGAGAUCAAGAAUAACCAGCUGCACAAAAAAGAAAAGAAGCUCAUGGAUAUGGACAAACUGGUGGAGACAAAUGUUAAACUGGAGGAAUGUCUGAGAAGGUUUCAACAGGAGAACGAGGACUACAAAGCCAGGAUGGACAAACAUGCUGCUCUUUCAAAGCAGCUGUCCAGUGAGCAGGCCAUACUCCAGCAGACUCUCCAGAAAGAGUCCAAAGUCAAUAAGCGUCUGUCAAUGGAGAAUGAGGAGCUGCUGUGGAGGCUACAUAAUGGCGACCUGCUGGGGAGUCCGCGGCAUCUCUCCCUCACCUGUCCCCACAGCUCGCCACAGAACUCUGCCACUGCACCUUUAUCGCCUAGAUAACGUUGCCGUCUUCUCCUUACUCCAAGCACCAUGAAGAUGGACGGAGGAUCCAAAAAUUGUACCCUAUUGGAUGCAAAUCUCAUAAUGAACUUGUACAUUUCAAACUACUUGUAGUAAAACACUGUUGCAAUGGAAACAGACAUCACAGACACACUUCAAUGUGAGUGUGUGCGGCUUGUUUAGCUUCUGACUACCACACGCCAACAAACGUCCUCUUUUUCGUCAUGAAAAUUGUAGGUAAUAACUCAGGGUCUGUACAUAGCACCUUUCUUGUGUUGUGGCUAAGUUACCUUUUUUCAGUUAUGUACACAUUAAGGCGAAGCCCAGCAAAACUGUGUAGGAUAGCUACAGUUUGUACAGUACUUGGGUUGGGAUUGGGCUGCAAAUCAUAAUCUGUUAUUUUCAGUUUUGUGGAUUGACAAGAAUUGUUUGCCUUCAUUCUUUUUUUAAAUUGGACAUUUUUUUCACCAAAGAGCGAAGCUCGAUCGCUGAGCCACUUCAGACCUCUGAAAGAUGUAAAUGAAUUUCACAUCUAUAUGUGAGCAAAUGCGACUCUUGUGAGGAUCAACGGUUCUAAGAAUGGAUGGAUGGAUGGAUGGAUGUGGGAAAAUGAGAACUCAAUUUGCUCAACUGACCUAAACCCAUAGACUUGAUCUUGGAUGUUCUUGUUCUAUGUUUGGUCCUUCCAAUCUUAGUCUACUCUCUGGAAUGUAAUUCUCCUUGGAUGUUAUGUCCAUGCAGGCCAGAAUAGACAGAAUACACCUUCCAUUUCUGUAACCCAAAGUCCCCAAUGAAUUUGAUUGACACCUGUAAAAACCACCUAUGGAUGGUAGCCAAUCUGUUAGAUUGUCACAGUUGACUAAGGUUUCU